UCAAAAUGGCGCGAGAACAUGGCGUGAAUACUUCCUAUAUUUCAGCCAUAAAAACUUCAAAAAAAUACUUAAUUAUUUUUGUAUCGCAAAUUUUUCCUCUCUUCUGACUAAGAAAAUGUCAGAAUGCUGCAAAGAACUUCUAUCAAUUGUUGAUAAAUAUGACUUGGAAAAUCCUGAAUUUGGAAAAGACGAUGUGACAGAGUUAGUUUCGUUUGUCCUUUCGUGGCCACAACGGCAAUGUAGGUGCAUUUUCCGAGAUCAGCUGAAUUUAGCCCGCUUGGAAGAUCUGCUUCAGCAUCUUUUGAAAUGCGCUAUCGAUCUUAUAUGCGAGCUUCGUGUUCCCGCUGUCGAAGAUGAGAAGAAGGAAGGAACUGAAAUUAGCGAAGAUCAAAAUAAGGUGGAUCAAAACGAGUGGUCACAACCAGAAAAGGAGAGAUUGUUCCUUGCUGUGGGAAAAGUAUUUCAGCUGCCUCUUCCUUUCUAUCAAGUGCGAAAGAUUCAUCUUUUGCGACAGGAAACAACAAGUAAAGACUGUUCCAAAUACUGUGAUGUCAAUGACGGGGAAGUACCAGAGGCUCUUUUGAUUAAUGUAGCAUACUUCUGCAACCAUGGUGGUCUAUGUGCCAUCAGGGAAGCAUUUCAAGAUGCUGAUCCGACUACAUUGCCAUUUCCAAUUGCUCAUCAUCUCAUCAAUAUUGUUACUCAGCUACGCUUAUGGUUUAGCAUUCAGGCAAUCAUGCAGUACAUAAUUCCACUCCGAAGGCCUGUCAUAAGGUAUCUUUGUAAACUAACAGACAAGGAUUUGCGACAACCAGAUGGUCGUAUCAUGGUUGACUCUAUGUGGAGUGCUGUGAAAGGGCCUGUGGAAUCUGGACCCAUCUGUGAUAAGGAUAGUUUAGAUCUGGCCUUCAAAUACUUUACUUCAUCCACACUGACAGUGAGGCUUGCUGGUUUGAGUCAAAUAGCAAAUCAGGUUCACAUGUUCAUGGAUCUCUUUCAAACAGAUCCAGCUUCAGAAAUAGAUAGGCAAUGCUUGUGUACAGAGUUAUCCCAAUGGUUGAUUGAGAACAAACUUGUGGAACAUUUGUUUGGUCCAAAUUUACAUGUUGAGCUUCUUAAACAGUCUCAGAUCAUAUUGAAUUAUUUGGCCCGGGAGACAUGCCUCACUACCUCUCAUUUGGACUGCAUCUGGCUUGCAGCACAGCUCAAACAUGCCAGCCGUUAUGUUCAUGACCUUUUGACGGUGCUAACAAAACACAUGGAUAUGCCCUCCAUCUUGUACCUGCUGGACCUGGUUUCAAAGCUGCCACCAGCAGCUCACACCAGACAGACCCUCUACCUUGCGCUCGUUCUAAUCAGAAUUGUCUGGAGAGCAGGCUUGUCUCCUGCUGUGGCAGAAUCUGGUACAGCUGUGCACACAAACAGCCCUGUGCGUGGACCAUUGACUGCAGGGAGCACUAGUGCAGCAGUAGCUUCAGCCAUGCAGAGGAAGUUCAGUCGAACAGCAAGUCUCAGCCAAAGUAGCAGCAGGAGUGGCAGUCUGAGUGACAUAAGUUGCGAUGGCGAACAGCUUGAUAUGGAAGAAUCACUGACCCAUGGUCACCAAAAAUAUGCACGGCUUUCCUCCAAGGGGAGUGCUGACAUGGAAACAGAGGAGAUCCCUCCCCCCCCUGACCUCAGGCAGUCUUAUGCGGGCCAAGCUGAAGAUUAUUCUAGCCAAGAAAAGACAGGUGGGGAAGACGCAGACAUCGAUAGCACCAGUUGCACAAACAGCCGAGGUAGCUCUCUCUCAGAUAGGCGUGACCUGGAUGAUUUUGAUGCGGAGGGCGUCCAAGAUGAACUGACAAAGCUCAAGACAGUUGCAGCUCUGCGUGUUAUGCACGAUGGAGGGGAGGAGCGGCAGAGGAGCUUAGGAUUUGAUUUGAACACAGUGUGUGAGCAAGGAAAGACACUACUUUGGGAUCUUAUUCAAGAUGAUAAUGCUAUACACCUUUCUGAUGGUUUGGUUCAAGAGGCAGAAAAGCUUCUUUGUCAGUUGAUCUGUUACACUGGUGAGAAAAAGAUCAGGAUGAAGUUUAUUGAGGGUUGUGUGGCUAAUUUGGCUGCUAACAGGUCUGUUGUGAUGUCCAUUCAGUUGUUACCCAAAUUGUUCAGCUCGUUCCAGCAGUUUGUAUCCAGUGAUCAAGGGCCUCAUUGGGUGACCACAUGGGCUAGCAGAGAACUGAACAUGAUGGAGCUCUUUUUUAACAACAUAAUUCAAUAUGAAGAAAGUGUCGCCAGGGGUGACAACACUAACGCGUCGUUGUACAGCUCAGUGGAAGAAGUGCAAGCUAGAUUGCAGUUUCUGUCAUCUGUGUUCUCUUGUGAGCUGUCUCCCCAGGAUUUCAGGUUGAGUGCUGGUCAAGUGGAUGUGUUGUGGGAUUGUCUGGUGUGCGAUUCAGACAGUUCUGAUGAUACACUGGAGUGGUUUUUGCAGCAGGCACAAAGUAAAGAGUUUCAUGCCCUGGAUGUUUCUGCUCUGCAGUACAUUUUGGCUAAGAAGCUACCUUCUCUACCAGCUGAGAAGUUUUCCAUGACAGGCCUCCACCUUCUGCAGCAACUCUACAAGAUGUUCAAACAUGCAGACGUAAAACCUUGCGAUCCGACAAAGUUGUGUGGUAUAGACCAGUUGUGGAAUAUAGCUGUGCAAGCAAAGUCCUCAGAGGUUAGCUGGGCUGCUAUUACAUAUCUGAAUUCACUGUACAUAAAUGCAAAUGGUGGUGCUUUGAAGUUCGAAGACGAGUUUAUUCAGAGGUGUAUGAAUAUCAUUGGGGGAGCUUCAAAGCAGUUGAACCAGGAACAGAACCUUCAGAUAAUGGAGAGGGGAAUGCUUUUAUUAAAGAGUCACAUUGAGAGCUUUAAACGAAGGUUCGCAUUUCAUUUGCGUUUGUGGUGGCUGGAAGGAAGAGGUAUCACUUGCCAUCAGCAGAUCACUCAGAGGCCCACAGAGAAGCACUAUCCUAUCCGAGUUCUUUGUCAACCCGCUGGCCUCUCAGACAAGGGUACGUUCGAGAUGAACUCGUCAGACCUUGUGGCGGACCUUCGUGCAGAGGUGACAUUUUGGUGUCGACAGCUGCAGGACAAACUCAAGAAAGACACUCAGCUUGUUGACGGCUCUUCUCAACACACGCCCCUAUCUCCCUUCUCCCCUCAGUUACAUCCCCCUUUCAGGCUGAUAUCCCAGGGGCAUGAACUGACGCCGGACUUGGAUGAAAAAAGCCUUGCAGAAGUUGGCUUUAAAGAUUUACAGCUUGUGUUUGUAUCUGUUGGAGCUGUCAGGAGAGACAGACACCAUGACAGUGCUUAUAUACCUUCUUCUUCUUUACCAUCGCCGGAAUGGAAUUCCACACCUAUGAUCAUUCUACUUCAAGAAGAAUACUUUGAUCAACUUUUCUUAUUCUUAGAAGCUUUAGACGGCUUUAUUGGCUCCAAGAGCAGCUCUUCUGCAAAUCCCAUAGGGGAUUCUUCUCAGUUGUCCCCGAUAUCCAAGAAUGCAGUCGAAGCCUACAAGGCACAAGAUGACGGUGAAGAAAUGGACAGUGGGUGUGAAAACCAAGAAAAACCUCCGCUGCUUCCACUUAUGGAAAGCCGAGUUGAAUUUUUAUGCGGUAUAACUUGGGAGCUGUUGUUUCUCUUACCGACUAAUCAAACCAUUCUCAACAAGCUCAAGUAUUUUGGUCGAGUUUUACACCAAGAUCCCAAGCGAAGGGACACCAAGAGUGAGGAAGAACAAACAACAGAAAAAGUUCAGCCGGAUAAGAAACUUUGGGAUUCGUUAUUAGAUCCAAACUUCCCCCAUAAACUUCUUUAUUCUCUUCAAGUGAUAGACUUAAUACACAAUUGUUCAAAGGAAUCACAAACGCAGUUUUCGCCCACUUAGUCACGUCUCAGCAGCGAUUCUGAUAACUCUGACAACGAGGAGGAAAAGGAAACGACAACCUCGCAAGUUCAGACAGCUUCGUGGGGACUGCAGUUUAUGGAGUAUAGAGGACUUGGUCACUUGUACACUAUUCUUAUGUCUGGUUGUUUGGAGGUCAGCGGGAACUGCCUAUGGACACAGUGGAGGCAAGAAUGUCUUGCGCACUUGUUGAAAUUGAUUUGUGAGUUUGGGACAAUGAAGCGAAGUAAUGAGGACGACGAUGAGGUGUUUGCGUCGGCACAAAGUUUCACGAGUAAUUCACAGAUCCAGAAAAGAGACGGACAGUUUCGUGUACGGUACAAGAGUACUGACAAGGAGGAGGUGAUCUGCAUCAAGUGUUUGUCCUCUAAUGUAAUGUCUAUUGUUGAUGUGAACUCGCUACUUGAGAAAUUACUACACAUUUCUCAUCAAGCAACUUUACCAAUCCACGGAAGCCAGAAUAGAGCCAGUGGAGGGGAGGUGGUUCAUCACGCUGUAUCGUUGCUUGUGUCGGCGGCCUUUACUGAUGGUACUGUCAGGAGCUCCCUUCUUCAGCAAAGUAACUUCAAACCUUGGCUUCAGCAACUAGUGCUUUUAGCUAAAGAGCCAAGUGUACGAUUUGAAGCGUGCCGUGGACUCUACAGACUGAGCCUGAUCAAAGAGAACUCCUGCCUCACACAGCUGAUGGAUGCUUUGUUGGACUCUCUGCCUUUAGCGCAAUCCCUUCAAUCAAGAGAAAAUCCAAACGGACGGCGACAAGAGCCCAGUGCACGGGAAUACUUUUCUAUUUUGUGUCGACUCGUGGAUGGCCUCCCCACAGUGGAAGACGGUCAAAAGGGCCACGAGGUUGACUUGGACUCCCUGGCCAAACUUCUGGCCAAAUACAUACGAGAUUGCCAACCGUUCACCAAGCAGAAAUAUGGCAGCCAUGAAAAUGAAGGUCUUAGUGGAAUGUUGAAACUCUGCACUGCUGUGAUGAGACACGACCCGUCAUUCAAGAUGUCACCUGAUGGUUUGGAGUUUCUGCGAGAUGUGUUCCGUUCCUGUCUGUUUUCUCUACCAGAAGAUUGUUGUGAUGAGAGGGAUUUGCCACUCUGCAAAUCCAAGCUGGCUAGGGGUGCGGCCUUCGAUCUUCUUCUGGAGAUGGCUCGAGGCUGCCAAGACAACUUCCUUGAACUUCAGAAACUGUUGAUGAAACAUCACAGCUCUGAUGGUAGAAAACGUUCCUCUUACGGCUGGCAUUACUGGCCUCAUGAUAAUGGCCGUUCACCGUGUGGGCUGGUAGGAAUGAUCAAUUUGGGAGCCACGUGUUACAUGGCCUCCUGCAUGCAGCAGUUGUACAUGAUGCCACAAGCCAGGGCCGCUAUUCUGAACUCCAGGAUCAUCAGCGAUGUUAAACAUGAGGUACUCAUGCGUGAAAUGCAAAGGAUGUUUUGUUUCUUAAUGGCGAGUGAAAGAAAGGCAUACAACCCUAAAACCUUCUGCCGAACAUACACUAUGGACAAACAGCCUCUUAACACUGGAGAACAGAAAGACAUGACGGAAUUCUUCACAGACCUGAUUGGCAAAAUAGAAGAAAUGUCACCGACACUGAAACUCUUGGUGAGAGAUUUGUUCUGUGGAGAGAUCAGCAACAAUGUGGUGUCACUGGACUGCUCACACGUCAGUAAGACUAGAGAAGAAUUUUAUUCUGUGCGGUGCACUGUGGCAGACAUGAAGAGCCUUUAUGAAUCAUUGGACGAGGUGACGAUUAAAGACACGCUGGACGGAGAUAACAUGUACACCUGCUCACAGUGUGGAAAGAAAGUCAGGGCAGAGAAAAGGGCGUGUUUUCAAGUUCUUCCGCGGAUUCUUUGUUUCAACACUAUGCGUUAUGCGUUCAACAUGGUGACUAUGAUGAAAGAGAAAGUGAAUACACACUUCUCAUUUCCCCUUCAACUUAACAUGGCUCCGUACACUGAGGAAUUUCUGAUGGGAGACAAACAAGAUCAAGACCCUCAACUCGAUCUUAGCUACUGGUAUCAGUUGAUAGGAGUUGUGGUUCACACUGGUACAGCGGAAGGGGGGCACUACUACAGCUUCAUACUAGACCGGUCCUCCCCCCAGGGGCGUGAUCAGUGGUUCCUGUUCAACGACGCAGAAGUGAAACCAUUCGAUCCAGCACAGAUCGCGGCCGAGUGCUUUGGCGGCGAAAUGACGAUGUUGGCUCGUCUUUGCUUGGACGUGAUCAAGAUCCUGAGGCCACUAUAUGCAGGCCACACCGACAAGGACGAUGAGGAACCAGAGACAGAGCACUUUUUGUCUGUCAGCGGUUUUGUGAAAGCUGUUUUCAGAUUGCUGGAACAUAAUAUCAAGGCUUACGUCAAGAAUCUUUCAGAAGUGUUUUGGUUCAUUCACCAGUUCGCCGUCCUGGGAGGCAAAGAGCGUGAAUUUCUUCUGAAAGCGGACGCCAUUACUGUGAUGGUGGAAUUCUAGCUGGGAACAAAGGCUUCUGAAUUAAACGACUCCACAACAGAUGAAGAUGAUGACGGUGAUGAUGAUGACGAUGAAGAAGUAGUCACGAUUCUCCCAGAAGAUAAGUACCGAAUGGGUUCGUUGGAGAAGAUGAUCUCUGUCAUGGCGCUGUUAGUCGAGGAAUCGCGAGGGGAAAGGCAACUGCAUCUUUCAGAGAAUGAUUUGGCUGCCUUAACAGGUGGAAAGGGAUUUCCAUUCCUUUUCCAUGCCAUCAAAGACAGUAUUAACCUCCGUCACACAACCAACUUGAUUUUCAGUCUGUGCAGAUACAACCUCAAGUUAGCGGAAAGCAUAAUUUCUCUGUUGAUGUCUUCGGUUCAAAAACUUCCUCCAGAGCAGUCUCAUUCAUUCUUCAAGUUACUGUCAAUGUUGACAGAUAUGCAGGGGGGUCCACCUGGCAUGCCAUCUUUUACCAAACUAACUCUCUCGCGCAUCUGGGAGGCUGCCGAAUACAACGCUGCUCUGUGUAUAGACUGGCUGACUUGCAUGGCUCCGAAAAACAGGAUGGCUCAUCAGUGGGUGUUGGAAAACAUGGACAAAUGGGUGGAAAAGUAUCUUAUUGCUGACAACAGUCUCAGACUUAGAAAUGCUUCUGCAUACCUUCUUGUAAGCCUGGUGCCCAACAGUCACUUCAGACAAGGGUUCAGGUCAAGAAGCUUUGCUGCACCGCAUAAGGAAAUGGUGUUGAGUAAAGACGCCCUCUCAAUACUUCACGAGAUUUACAAAAUGUUGCUUAAUCUUCUUCCAAGAGCCAGGAAAUACUGUGAUCGAAACAUCCAUGGCACCACAAAACUUGUCAGCUAUUUUGCCGUGUUGAACUACUGCCUUGUAUCAAACACCGAGAAAGAAAUGUUCACACCAUUCUGUACAGAGUUGUGGCGGCUGUUUCACCCGUUGAUGUCAGAGCCAAAUAUAGCGGUACAUCCUAACAAACAGGCCUUGUUGAUCUUUUGGUUUCACGCUUGCAUCAGUUGUGAAGAAAACAUCGACUUUAUUACGGAAAACAGCAGCGUGGCUGCGAACAUACCGCUGAACUACAUUCUGUCCAGCGAUGAACCGGAAGUGGUAAACUUUAACAGGAAUGUACUUCCGGCAUAUUAUGGGCUACUUCGGUUGUGUUGUGAGCACUCCCGUUCCUUUACUCACCAACUGGCUGUGCAUUCCAAUAUGAAGUGGGCGUUUGAAAAUCUCACCAUCCGCAUGAACCAGUAUCCACAGGCAGUCGAAGAGCUUUUUUCUCUUAUGAGGCUCUUUGCUGGCGUUACUUCCCCUGAUCCGCCAAAAGAGAAAAGCAAGGAAGAAGAAGCGUUUGAAGCAUCGUUCAGACGAGACACCAUUAUCCUGUACCAGAACUGUUUGGACGGAGGGGCUUCGUGGACAACGCUUAUCAGGUACAGGGAUCUUUCAGACGUUCGCAGUAGUAUUUUAGGAUGGUCAGAGAGAUUUGAUGUCGCACAAAAACUUCUCUCGCUGUUAAAUUCCUACACACCUAAAGAAGUGAGGCAAUCCUGUCUGGAUGUAUUAAACGCCAUGUUGGUUGUGUACCCCGGUGACGUCACGGAGGCAUUGAUUCCCAUCAUCAGUGCCUCUCAUCAGCACUGGAACAAAACCUCUCCUCCAGGUCUCCUUGGUCCGUAUUUUCCUCGUCGAAACUCGAAGGUUAUUGUCAGCAGCAAGUCUGUGGCGAGGCCUGCUGUGCCUGAGCUUAACAUGUUCCUUCAUCCGUCGUUUUUGGACUCGCCAAAGGGACUGGAGGAGUCGUAUGACGCAGCAGUUGCGGAGUACUUCCAACCGUAUCACCACUUUGUGGAUAAACUGUUGCGUUAUGGGUUCAGUCAAGACAGGGUCCCUGAACAUGUCAUCACUUGCAGUUGUCUCUUGGCGAUAGAAGCCAUUCCUCUUCACUUCACGUUUUUCAGCAGUCUGUGGAUGGAAGUCUAUCAGAAGGCUGGUGAGAUUGGUAGAUACAAGACCUACAUACAGCAGCUUUGUCAGAAACCCGAGUUCCUCGAGUACGUGGACCUGAUCUUACUGGAUGAACGAGAAAGUCUCAACGUGCGAGACAUCUAUUCUUUCCUUUGUUGCUUUUUUCCGAGGGUAUCAAGCCAGGUGUUGGUGAAGCAGUGGAAUAACUUGGUGCAGACAUUAGUAGCGACAGUAAUUGCUGAUAAACCCGCGGCGGAGAAGGCAAAUGACUCUGAACUCUGUGCUAUAGCUAAAAGACUUACUGCGGAACUGCGAGCCAUGUCUCUUCUUUUCUCCGUUCGCCCGCCACAGAAGUCGGACGUGAGCCCUUUGUUGCAACCAAGUCUCACCGAGUUGCUGGCGGUCUGCCGCAAGUAUCAAGCCAGGAAAUUAGAGGCCAAAUCACGGUCACCUGCGGUAGAGUCUGAACAACCUCCUUCACAGCAGCAGGGUAAAGAUGAGCCAUCUGCUGCUAAAACUGAGGGAGAUAACGGGCCUGCGAAGAAGCGAAGGAGGACUGAAGAAGAAGAGGAAGAGGCCUCAGCUAAAACGACCCCGGGUCCGUCAGAUAAACCGGGGACGAGCAAAGACGAUGGUACAGCUGCAUCAAAGAAGGAAAAGACUCCAGAAAAUUCUCAGAAAAAGACUGCAUCAAUAUGGGGGGCAAGGCCACCCACGGAUUGGGUGGACUCACUGGUCAAGGCUAUACAGAACACUGUAUCUAAAGUUCCAACGUAGCUGACAUUUAAUGGCAACGAGACGUGAUGGUUGCGUUUUAAUCAGCUCAACUGUGCAUCUCCUGCGAUUCGGAGGAAAAAACGUUUUACAAAAAUGUAUUACGCACGAGGAGAAUAGAAAGACAGACCUUGGCUUUCGUUUGUUUUGACCGAGAUGGAAAGAAGUUUGAAUUUCAAUUCACAGAAGUUGCAUUGCAUCAAAGAAUUUUGCAAAUUCGAAGAAUUAACCUGCAUGAAGAGGUGGAAAACUGUUGUCGACCAUUGAUAAGUAGUCAUGAUGUAACACAUAAAGGAGAAGAUAAAAGUGAAAUAGGUACACCCCACUUAAAAAAAAAAUUCAGGUUUGACAUUUCAAAUGAAUCCAUAGGUGACAAGCUCCUUUAAAGCUUUUCACUGAUUUGUUGACAGAUAAUGAGUAUCUGAUCUUUUGAACGUAGACUCAAGUGAAUAAAAGAAUUACAAUGAAUUUGUACAAAAGAA